AUGGAGAAGUUACUACCAGAAAUAAGUCUGUCCAAACACUAUGUCAGGUACUUUGCAGAUAAAAAAAAAGUGGGAGAUGCAUCAUAUGAGUUCAUAAGAGUACUUACAAAUAUUGAUAUUGACAUUAUCCAGAAACGUGCAGCCAAAGCUAAUGAAAAGGCCCAAGCUUCCAUGCAUGUUUCCCAUCACAUGUAUGCAGCCAUGUAUGCCAAGCAAGGCUGGCCUCAGACGGGUGCCACAACUUGGGGUGUCUUUGGCUCGCUUGUGAAGGAGAGUAAGGGGAAGAGGCAAGGUUGUGCUGCUACACCUCGUAGUUUGUCCGCUCGGUCUGCAAUGCUCUCCAACGACAGGUUGGAGAUGAAGUGGUUGCACGCGAAGUGA